AUGUCAUUUACUUAUAAGGAUCUUUGUUCUAUAUCUUCUACAAUUAUUGUUAUGUCUACCUGUUUCAUAAUGGGUGUGUUUUAUUCCAACUUAAGUUAUGAUUUUCGCAUCUUAUUUAAUUCAGGUUCACCAAGCGCUCAAGACUAUGACUUGGUACUAAACCAUUAUCAAGCAUUACACUCUACCUCCCCAUACUUAUUGUAUGGGCUAGCGUUCAUCACAUUAUUGGGUAUAAUCGGACACUUAAUUAGAACAUAUAAACCAAAUCCAGAUCUACAAUAUUUCGAAUAUGGGUCCUUGAUCAUGUACGUCCUUGGUAUUUGUGUCUUUAUUACAAAUAUCAAAACUGGCAUAGAAUGCAGUGUUACUCAUAUAUGGGGGGAAGUCGAUGAACAACAAGGGUUGGCCGUUUUGGGUUCUUCCAAUAUCAUCCUUCUAUGUAUUUUCUCUGGUGUGAUUUUCUUACAAGCUGGUCUUUGGUGGUCCACAUUAGAUUAUGAGAAGAGAAUGGCUGAGUUCAUGCAAAAGGAAAGAGAAGAACAAUUGAAGAAAAUGUUAUCAAAGGAUACAAAGAAGAAACAAUCUAAAAAGGAUUGA